UGGAGUUGGCUAUGAAGGUAUGUAUGCUUUGUCUUCAGUUAGUAAAUUUGGAAUCGUUCCUUUUUGUAAAUGUUGUGUGAAAGGUAUCUAAUUUGAUUUAUUCAAAUAAAAACUUAUAGAGACAAAGGCCGCUACUGAUUGUUUCUGAAGAUGUUGAAAGUGAAGCUCUUGCAACUCUUAUCCUUAACAAGCUACGUGCUGGAAUCAAGGUUUGUGCCAUUAAGGCCCCUGGCUUUGGAGAGAAUAGAAAGGCCAAUUUGCAAGACCUUGCUGCCCUUACUGGUGGAGAGGUUAUCACGGAUGAGCUCGGCAUAAAUCUGGAGAAUGUGGACUUGGGCAUGCUAGGGACCUGCAAAAUAGUUACUGUUUCCAAGGACGACACGGUUAUUCUUGAUGGAGCCGGCGACAAGACAGCCAUUGAGGAAAGAUGUGAGCAGAUAAGGUCAGCAAUUGAACUGAGCACUUCAGAUUAUGACAAGGAGAAACUGCAAGAAAGGUUGACUAAGCUCUCUGGAGGAGUUGCAGUUUUGAAGAUUGGAGGUGCAAGUGAAGCUGAAGUUUGUGAGAAGAAAGACAGAGUGACAGAUGCUUUGAAUGCCACUAAAGCAACUGUUGAAGAGGGUAUUUUGCCAGGAGGAGGUGUGGCUCUUCUAUAUGCAGCGAGGGAGUUGGAGAAACUUGCAACAGCUAACUUCGACCAGAAGAUUGGUGUGCAGAUCAUUCAGAACGCUUUGAAGACCCCUGUGCACACAAUUGCUUCAAACGCUGGAGUAGAAGGUGCUGUUAUUGUUGGCAAACUCAUGGAGCAAGAUAACACAGACCUUGGUUAUGAUGCUGCUAAAGGUGAAUAUGUGGAUAUGGUGAAAGCUGGUAUCAUAGAUCCUCUGAAAGUGAUCAGGACCGCUUUGGUUGACGCUGCGAGUGUGUCGUCUCUGUUGACAACAACUGAAGCAGUAGUGGUAGAGCUUCCCAAAGACGAAAGCGAGGCAGCAGGUGAUAGACUUCUAUUAUCUUGAGUCUGACGUUGCAAGUGAGAACGCUGACGUGUUUAAUGAGGAAGAGAGCCAGGAGAGCCUUGGUUUAGUUCGGAAGGUUUGCUGUUAGAGACAGCUCGGGAAGAAGUCACAGAUAUAAGAAGAGAAGACGACGAUGAGAGGGGGCAUGCUUUGAUGUUGCUGUAGAUUGACGCCUUGAGUCAUCUUAACCCGAUCGCCAUGAGAUCGGUGACGAAGGUGAAGCUCGCCAUGAAAGCCUAGCCGGAGUCAAGCUCAAAGCUGUUCGUUUAUCAUCUUUGUAAGCACGUUUCUGUUCAAUAAAGGAGUUAGGGAUUUGUAAACUCUAUCGGCAGGAGCUGGAGCAGGCAUGGGUGGUAUGGGAGGCAUGGAUCAUUAAUUACAUCACUAAACUCUUUUAUAUUUUUUUUGGCGCAAUCAUCACGUUAACAUGAGAGAGGAUUAUUGUACGAGUCUUCGAUUAUUGUACGAGUCUUUUGCCUUUGUUGCUCAAUAACAAUAACAAUUGGCAAAUGUAAGGAUACCUUUAGCAUCAAAGUUUUUUGAGGCAUCAA